AUGCAGUACCGAAAAAGGUUCUUUCUUCUUACCGCUGGUUUCCUUGUGGUUAGCCUCUUGUAUCUCACACCCUGGUCCCAUGUAGCAGUGCUAGCUCCCAGCGCCACAGAGCGGCAAUUACUUUCGCCGCGUGUGAUGCCAUUCUGCACGGACGAUGGUUACAGCAACACCUUCAGUUUCGACGAACCCCAGCAAAAGACACCUAGUAAAACUGAUGUUAGCAGUGUCUGGAAUCCUGAAUAUUACCUAACUAAAGGGUAUGGUCGACUACCUUUUCCCAUCGAGAAGACGGAAAACCUGUCCAAUGCGUAUACCGUGGUGUCGCGCUGUCGCAGCAGUACAGAGACAAUGUUUUUCAUCCACAGCGCCGCUGGUCACCAAGUUCACCGUAAAGUAAUCCGGCAGUUCGUCGGAAACGCGGCACUAUCCACCGCACACGACUGGACGACGGUGUUCUUCGUGGGGAUCUCGAAAAACCGCACAGCAUCGAGGGCGGUCCAAGACGAAGCUACCAAGUACGGCGACGUGGUGAUACUGCCGUAUGAAGACACCUACCGGAACUUGACGUACAAGUUUGUCUACGGAAUGAAGUGGACCCUUGAAUUCUGCCCUUCUGUGAAGUACAUAGUGAAGUUCGAUGACGACAUGGUGGCCAACCUGGUUAGGGUGGUGAGGUACCUCAGGAGGCUGCGGGCAUCUCCUGGUUCAGAAAUUCACUGCUACGUCUGGAACAGGAAGACGGUGCACAGAGAGACCGAAUCGCCUUGGUACCUUCCUUCUGACGUUUAUCCCAGGGAUACGUUUCCAGAUUACUGCUCCGGGCGCGCUAUUUUCUUCAAAAGUGAGGCGCUGCGGAGACUGUACAGUGCUUCGUUCUGUUUGCCUUUCCACGGCAUUGACGACGUUUACGUGACCGGUGAUGCCGCGCUGUGGGCGAAGGUGGGUCAUGUUGCCAUUAAUUCAGAAUUGUCGCAGGACGGCGAGAAUUGGGAAGGCGUCGUAAGCGGUCGCGUUAUUUUCAGUCAUAUACACAAUCAUACGCUACGGGCCAAGGCAUGGUAUUUGAUUGUUAGAGAGAUUCAGCGCGAGAGUUAG